AUGUUGGCGAGAGUCGAGCCUGGGAAGAAACAAGGCGGCGACUCUGGUAACGGGCAAUUGUUGAAGGAACUUGAGGUGUUAAGCAAAGCCCUUUGUACGAAUAAAGACCCUCCAAAGGGUAAGGUCUCUGCAACUGAUGUUAGAUCUAAAUCUGCCGGAAGAGUCCAUGUUCCUGAGUCAAAAUCCAAACCCGCGUUUGUAAAAGAAGACUCUUCGGAGAAGGACAAGAAAUCGUCUAUAUGGGGUUGGAAGCCCUGGAAAGCUCUGUCCCAUAUUCGGAGCCGAAGGUUCAAUUGCUCUUUCACUCUUCAUGUACAUGCUGUCGAAGGGUUGCCUUCCAGUUUAAAUGAUACCAGUCUCUGUGUGCACUGGAAGAGAAGGGACGGUGCAUUGCAGACUCGCCCGGCUAGGGUUUUCCAGGGGGUAGCCGAAUUUGAAGAAACUUUGACUUACAGGUGCUCUGUCUAUGGUAGUGGAAGCGGACCCCAACAUUCAGCCAAGUAUGAGGCGAGGCAUUUCCUGCUUUAUGCUUCCAUAGUCGGUUAUCCUGAUUUUGAUCUUGGCAAGCAUCGUCUUGAUCUCACUAGGAUUCUUCCGCUUACAUUGGAGGAGUUGGAGGAGGAGAAGAGCUCAGGGAAGUGGACAACAAGCUUCAAGCUAUCAGGCAAGGCCAAAGGUGCCAUUAUGAAUGCUAGCUUUGGAUAUUUAGUAAAUGGGGACGAUCAGGUUGCAUCUGGCAGUUACAGAAGUCACCCUGGAAAUCAGAAAUUAAAGCAGAAUAGCCCAGGUUCAAUGAAGCUUUCAACUGCAAAUCGAGUUGAUAAUAUGGGAACCGGCGUUCUUAGACGUUCUGGAAGCCUUCGAGGUAAUCCUAACCAGCGGUCUAUUCUCCCACCUCGAUCUGUGGAAGAUGUAAAGAUUCUUCAUGAGAUCUUGCCGACUGCGACGUCAGAGCUUGCUAGCUCAGUAAGUAUUCUGUAUAAAAAAUUUGAUGAAGACAAUUUAGAUUCAUUGGUUGAUUCUAAACCCAAUUCUGAGGCUUCAUCUGAACAUGUUGACCCUCUUUACCCAAAGCCUGACUCUUUGUUUCGCCCUCCCAAAGAAAGUAGUGAAAAUGAGUGCGAAGAUACUGAAUUUACUGUGGUUGAGAAGGGUGUAGAAAUGCAUGAGCAGUGUUCACUACCAUUGGAUGAAGGCCCUAGGAAGUCUGUCAGUGUUUCUGCAGUAAACACUACUGUGGUUCCCGAAAUUGAUGAGAAUAAUGAGGUAGACUUUAAAAUGGACAUUAAGACACAUGUCCAGGAUGAGUCCUACAAUAGUAAUCAAGAAGUGGAUAUUUUUGAGUCCACAGAGAAUAACACAUGCUCCAAAGAAUCAGUCAUGGAGGAGCUAGACUCAGCUUUUCGUAACCUCUCAAUUUCGGAGCAGCCUGCAGGGUUGGACUCAUCCCAAUGUAAGAGUGAAUUUCCUGAGCAAGAAAAUCACAUGGAAGUUAAAUCAAGUUAUAAAACGAGCAGGAUGGGAAAGUCCCUUAGCUUAGACGAUGUUACAGAAUCUGUUGCAAGUGAGUUCUUAAAUAUGCUUGGGAUAGAGGAUAGUCCAUUUGGCUUGAGUUCUGAUAGUGACCCUGAAUCUCCGAGAGAGCGCCUGCUGAAGCAGUUUGAAAUGGAUACCCUGAAUUGUGGAAACUGCAUCUUCAAUUUUGAUACCAGCAAGGGGAAGGAGGCAGAAUUAUCUUAUGAUGCCCCUUCUGGGUCCAGUUGGGUGGACUUAUUAUCUGAGGAUUUUGAACUCUCAUCAGCUAUUCAAGCUGCUGAGGCAGAGCACCGGAUAGCAAUUCAAGCAAUCAACAGUAAAACAAGGGCUAAGAUGCUGGAAGACAUGGAGACAGAAGCUUUAAUGAGAGAGUGGGGAUUGAAUGAGAAUGUUUUUCAGAGAGCUCAAUCAGACAGUGCUAGUGGAUUUGGUAGUCCAAUUGAUCUUCCCCCUGAAGGGCCUCUUGAGCUACCUCCUCUUGGUGAAGGGUUGGGACAAUAUCUUCAAACUAAGGACGGAGGAUUCCUGCGAUCCAUGAAUCCCUUGCUUUUCAGGAAUGCAAAGAAUUGUGGCAGUUUGAUCAUGCAGGUUUCCACUCCCAUUGUGGUGCCUGCUGAAAUGGGUUCUGGUAUAAUGGAGAUAUUACAAUGUUUGGCCUCAGUAGGAAUUGAAAAGCUUUCUAUGCAAGCCAAGAAAUUAAUGCCUUUGGAAGAUAUUACUGGAAAGACAAUGCAUCAAGUAGCAUGGGAAGCCACACCUAGUCUAGAGGCAGGAGAGAGGCAGGCUUUCCUGCAGCAUGAAUUGGAGAUUGAGCAAGAUAGAUUUGGUGGGAGAAAAAAGGGUGAUGAUGGUGCUCCUUCUGGGCACAAGUUCGAUAACUUGGGCUCAGGUGCAUUAAGCACGGAGAGAGGAUCAGAGUAUGUAUCUCUAGAAGAUCUUGCUCCUUUGGCAAUGGACAAGAUUGAAGCCCUCUCUGUAGAAGGUUUGCGUGUACAAUGUGGCAUGUCAGAUGAAGAUGCACCUUCAAACAUCUCCCCUCAAUCGAUUGGAGAAAUCUCCGCUCUUGAAGGUAAGAGGGCCAACAUUAGUGGCUCUCUUGGUUUGGAGGGAGCCGCCGGGUUGCAGUUGUUGGACGUCAAAGAUGGUGGGGAUGAUGUUGAUGGAUUAAUGAGCCUAUCCAUAACACUGGAUGAGUGGAUGAGACUGGAUUCUGGAAUUGUUGAUGAAGAUCAAAUCAGUGAGCGAACUUCUAAAAUACUUGCAGCCCAUCAUGCUAAUAGCAUGGACCUGGUUACUGGAGGAUGGAAGGGAGACAAGAAACAGGGCAAAGGUUCUGGUAAAAGGUAUGGUUUGUUAGGUAACAACUUCACAGUAGCAUUAAUGGUGCAGCUACGAGAUCCCUUACGUAACUAUGAGCCUGUUGGUACUCCAAUGCUUGCUUUAGUUCAGGUUGAGAGGAUUUUUGUUCCUCCAAAGCCCAAAAUAUACAGUACAGUUUCAGAGAGAAGGAUCAAAAGUGAUGAAGAUGAGGAGUCUGAACAGAUGGUAAAGGAGGAGAAUAAGGACGAGCUCAAAGAUAAAAAAGAUGAAGAGGAAGGUAUCCCACAGUUUAAAAUCACUGAAGUCCAUGUUGCAGGUAUAAAGAAUGACCCCAACAAGAAGAAACUUUGGGGCACCAAAACACAACAGCAGACUGGGUCCCGGUGGUUGCUUGCUUCUGGCAUGGGUAAGAGCAACAAACAUCCUUUUUUGAAGUCAAAGGCAAUCACAAAAUCGUCUCCUGAAGUGACCACAACAGUGCAGCCGGGGGAUACUUUGUGGAGCAUCUCAGCUCGUGUUCAUGGCAAUGGAGCCAAAUGGAAGGAAUUGGCAGCCCUCAACCCACAUAUACGGAACCCUAAUAUCAUCCUCCCGAAUGAAACUAUCAGAUUACGUUAGGACCUGACGAGCGAGCAGUCAAAAACCACUAAAAUGGGAGUGUAUACCCUUUUGUAUGGUGAAACGGUUGGUUUAAUCACUUGCUGUUUAUAGAGCUGGAUUUAGUUACUUGGUGCCUGACAAGAUUGAUCAGUCCUGAUUAAAAGGGUACCUCUUAAAGGAUUAUAAAGGGUGGGUGACAUCGAUUUGUCUGCCAGUGGAGCUUCACCUUGUAUUUAGCCAGUUGAUAUAUGGAAUCGUGCAGCUGAAGGUAAAUGGUUUAUGUUCUCCUUUGUUUCUUGUUUGUUGGUAUACCCGAUAUGUUCUUGGAAGCAUUUGUGCAGGCGUUGUAAAUCUUCUCACAGGAUAAGGAGCAGUAUUUCAUUUUCUUUCCCGCUCUUAUUAGUA